GCCAUCUAUUCAAAACAAAGAGUUGAACUAGUCAAGGACUCUUCCCGCUCUUACUUGUAAAAUUGUUUUUUGUGUUGCAACCGUAGAAAUUAAAGAAAUUAAGAACGAAAAAGCCAUAUUUACAUGUCUGAAAUCCGGAGCUGUGAGGCAAAAUACUUUCCUCAGCCAGCUUGCACGUUAGACUUAACGAGCCAUGGAAGCUCUUCUUCCGUCAGAGAUCGCCCGUCUCGUGUGGGGUUACCUUCAAAAGGAAUGCCCUAAAGCAGCUCAUGUUUUUCUGGAGAGCUGCCCUUCCCUUGCUGAAUUCCGGGACGCAAGACUUAAAGGUCGUCGCGUGUUAAACACUGUCAACGGACACACUCUGUUAGACCUGCUUGCAGACUUGUCAGACACUUUCUGCUACGUAACCGAAACACAAGAUGCUCUCUUGCAAGAUGAAGCCAGGCUUGUGGUGAAGAACAAAUUUAGUCUCUGCAGCAAAGUGGAAUAUUUGAUCAAUUAUGUGAAAGCUGAGAAAGCGAACGAAACUGCUUUGAAUGAUACCAGAGAUGCUGAUGUAGCAAGAGAAAGUGAUUACAGAGAAGAGUCACCAGAUGAAAUGGAGGGAAUAGAUGAAGAUAUUCUUAUUACCUCUCCUGUGAGGGCUCUUAUAGCCAAUUUGGCAAACAAGCUAAAAAAUAGCAAACCUAACAUACCAUUCAAGAAGAGAAUUGUGACUGGAGGCCCCAGCAUGAACCUGGAAGCAACCUCGGACGAUUCAGCAAUGGCGGCACCAAAAGAGAUGGACCCAAUUUUGCAACCUUUUCUGAAAAGCACUCAGUUGCAUGAGAAGAUUGCCGAGAGCAUCAACAAAAUUCUGCAGCCAAAAGCUACCUGUGAUGACAGAAUCAACAAAGAUCUGGAAGAAGCCAUUCACCAAGUUGUGCAGGAGACUGAGAAGGAUCCGACUUUCGAAGACAUCAUUCAGGAAAUUUGCCUAGUUAGUUCACAAGCUGCAUUGUCCGAUGGAGGAAGUGAGGAUAACGCACUCAACCUUCCCUUUUCACCUACUACUUCUUUAAAUUUAGACACAAUUAGUGAAAUUUCCCAGCCAAGUGAACUGCAUACACCUGAUCCUGAAGAAACUGAAAUGCAAAACACGCCAAAUAAAGGAAAGAAAUCAAAACAAAAAGGAGCACCAAGUACACCAAACAAUCCAGCGUCAGAGGUACCUUUGAAAGCAAGACUGAGGAGUGCUUCAAAAAUUGGCCACAGAGAGGAAGAUCUUUCUCAAGACAGCCUGCAACAGCUCAAUGAUGAGGUGGUCAGGAGCAUUGUCGAAACCAUUUGUGAAGAUGUUAACCACUUGUCUGUUCCUGCAAUAGAAGAACCAAGUAUCAUUUGUGAUAACAACGCACCUUGUCAGCUUGUUACGGAAAAAAGCCAAGAUGCAGCUGCAGCACCAGAAAUAUCACAAGAGGUUCCAACAGUUGUAGAAGAGCAACAAACAACUUCAAUUUUCGACCAGUCAGUGGCAUCUGUUAGCAUGGAGCAUCAAGAUAACCAAACCGUCAGAAUUCACAAACCACCAACUCCGGUUUUACCUCCUGUCAUUGUGCAUCCCAACCCAUCCAUGCCAGCAAAUCCAAUUAGCUCAAUCAUUUUGGUUUUGGACCACAAUCAAGCAGCAGCAGAUCCUACCAAAGGUGUUUUUUCUAAGAGGCUUCUACCUAUUGCUCCAAAAAUCGGGUCCCGAGUGGCUCCUAGUCGAUACUCUGCUAAGAGAAUAAAAACAACUAAGCCAGACCGAAACUUGAAAGCAAAACCUCUACAAGUAUCAAAGAAACCACAAUCCUCAAAUUCAAUCAUUGUGUUGGAUGGAGUAGUUCCUGCCGCACCUACCACAGAAUCGUUUACUCUGAACUAUCCAAACGUGUCUGCGACCGUAGACAUCCUAGAGCCUGCUAGUCCUGAAAUAAUUAUGCCAACGCCAGAGCAUAGCAUGCCACUCAUUCCCUUGGCGUCGCCUCAAGUAGUGCCUGUGCCGCAAAUUGCUAUUAUCUCGAUGCCUAGCCUCAGCCCAGCUGUUGUCCCAGGUCCCAACCCCAUUGAAGUUUCAACAGCACCUGCCGCCCCUACUGCAAGGGCUUCUUCUCCAAUAGCAGUCGCCCCGUCAGAGAACAGCGCAGAAAGGCCAAUUGAAGUCCGCAAAACGCAGAGCACUCCGAGGAGAAACAGCAGCUAUGUGCGCGCCCUUGAUUUUUCCACUCCAGAUAAAAGCCAAACAACGCCUAGGAGAGCUUAUACUUCUCCCAAGACCAUCAAGCCCCCAGGUCCAGCAACAGUUAAAAAAUUGAAACUUGCUGCCAGUUUUGUACGCUCUGAACUAUUUUAUGAGUCGCCUGAAAAAGCGAGGGAGAAGCGGCUCAGUCUCAUCUCUGAAGAACCAAGUAAACAACCUGAAAGGCCAUUGCUGCCUGAACCUGUGAUACAGUCGGCUGCGCAAAUGGAAAAGACUCCUGACACUUCUCUGGAGUCUUCAACAACUGCUGAGAGUCCUGUCACUACUGAAAAGGAUAUAUCAGCUGCUAAACCAUCAAAAAAACAAUCAGCUAGUUGGGAUGCUGAUCUGAGAGCUAAAGUUGGACCAGUGCUCAUCAGCCCAGUGAAAAGGUCUCCUGCAAAGAGACAUAGAGUAGGAGGUCAUCCACCAUCAGCGAAAAAGAGGAAGAAAUCAACAUCAACCAACAAAAAGCAGGAAGAGGAAGAGAAAUUAGCCAAUGAAAUAAACCCAGAGAAACCCAAGGAGUCAAGCUCUAAGCAAAAACCAUUAACCAAGAGAAGCAGGACAGUCUUAAAGACACUGAAUGCUCCUUCCACAAAUACAAGAGCUGCUGGAGAAAAAGAGCGUCUUUUGGAGUCUCUUCAGUUGAGUCCGUCAAAGCCACCUGAAAGACUGCCUGAACCCACUUUCAGCCUCAAUGACCCUAGAAUGAGUCUAAAAAUAUGCCCCAUUCAGAGCAUCUUGCCUGGGAAUUUUGUACCUGACGUUGACCGAUCAUAUUGCAUGACUAUCAGUGUUGAGUGUGAUGAUGGAGCAGAAGCUGACAUUUCGCUUACUUGGUCAACUCCAGAUGUGUGGGAUUCUCACACAGGCACAACAGAAAAGUUCAAAGGAGAUAUGCUAGAAGCAGAAGAGCCUUCUAAAGCUGUUUUAGGUGCUGUAGCUGAAGAUGACGACUUAAUGACUUUAUCUCUGGUGGCUUCAUCAAGAGCAAAAGAACCUUGUGCUCCAUUAAGUGGUUUGCCUCCGCCACGAUCCAAAACAAGAAGUUCCAAUGAAAGUUCAAACCCUCAGGACAUGCUGAGGAAAGUGGGUGUAGAUAAAUUGCUCUCUGCAUUGCAUGGAACUAAAAAAAAGUGAUGUAAUGUUCAAUCAAAUGUUCAUCAACAACUAGAUGAUCUAUUGUGCUUUGAUGUGUUCAUUGUUUUAAAAAUACCAAAGUGCUGCUGGCCCUUACAUUGCAGCUAGGAUGUGCCUUAACUUUAAGUCGUUAGAAUUCUUAACUUAUUUUCCAUUGUGAUUGAGUUUGUUUUAAAUACAGAAAAAUAAAUUCUCAUCUCUUUUUUUAAC